AAAAAAUCUGCUUCUCUUUCUGUAGUCCAUCGCUCUCACCUCCCUCUCGUCUCUCUCCAGUUCCGAGUCACUCAGUCGUCUCGUCUCCUCGUCGCCUCCUCUCCAUCAGAUCCGGCCAGCCGCCCUGCCCUGGUGCCUCCUCUCCCUCAGAUCUAGCAGCCCGCCUUGCCCAGCGGUCUCCUCCCGACGCCAUCGCCGCUGCAUCUCCUCCCGUGGCCGCCGCCCAGCCACCUCCCUCCUCGCGGUGCUGUCCUUCCGCCUUCCUCUCUGCGCCGCACCUCACUUCCUUCCGGCGCUCUCUCGGCGGGGCACUGCGUCGUCCGCCGCCCUACUCGUGCGCGGGGCGCGUGCAGUGCGCAGGAGCUAGCUGGCUCCUUGCUGGUGGCGUGGCAACGGCGAUGCAUUGCUGGUGUGGGAAGGGGGCAACGACGAUGGCGCGCGACGAGGCGGAGCGGCACGGCCUUCAGCGCGGCAGUGCAAGGCGGGGAGGCGCGGAGCCGUUCAUCGGCACCCGCGCGGAGGAGACCGAGGCGGCGGCGUGGCUUCUCGCCGGUCGCCGCCCGUCACACGCAAGGGAGGAGCGCGAUCUCGCCUUGAUCUGCGAGGUGGAGAGAUCGGGACGGCGGCGGCUCCCUCGCUCCCUGCGACGCGCAGCCCCUCCCGGCGCCGUCCCCUCCGCUGCGGCACACCGCUCUGACGGCGCCAUCCCAUCCCGGCGCUGCACUAGCCCUAAAGGCGCCAUCCCCUCCCAGCGCCGCACCGCCCCUCCAGGUGCCGUCCUCUCCAAGCGUGCCUUCUUUCCUGGUGUCGUCGUCAUCUCUUCGUCUCUCACCUGCCUCUCCUUUUCUCCCUCCACGCGGCAACAUGCCUCCGCUUCCUCAGCUCCCCUUGUCGUGCCUACCACCACCUGGUCGGUGGAGCCGCAGCCAUCAUCCAACUGCUAUUCUCGCUGCUGGCCUCGGAGGCGGCUCUUAUGCUGUCCCUGCUCUUCUGCACGCCUGCGCGCCGGCUCGCGCUGCUCGCCAUGGCCAAGACCGUCGCCGGCAAUAUGCUCCUCGUGCUGGUCUCCAGCGGCUACAACGUCGCCAAAAUCCCGCACCGCGCGGAUGAGCUCGGCCAACUCACGCUCACCGACCAGGUGCUCGCCAGCUUGCACCUCCUCAAGGCCCCUCUCAUGGGAAAAUUGAUCUUGGAACAAUGCAUUUAUUCUCCUAUCUGUCAUGUUCCUCCGGUUAUCUGUCAAAGAAACAUAUACAAUUAUUACAAUCAGUGUCUCACUGUUAAUAAAUUGUUUAUCUAUGAGUUAUCUGAUCAUGGAAGGAAGCUUUUGAAACAUGGAUUUGAGGAUUUUCGCAGAUGGAAAUUAGAACCAGCUUAAGUAUUUUGAUUUAUUCACAAUAUUCCGCCUCUAGCAUCACCUCCUGCAUAUUGCAAACCAUCACCCUUGGUCGUCAGACGGCAUGUCACUGCCAAUCUGAGUAUCUCCUCUCUGGCCUCUGGCAAUGGAAGAUCAGAAAAGCCUAAUUCUGCAAGUGUGCAAUACUACUCAUGGGAUGCCUGGAUGAACUCAUUAGUACAAUGAAAAUGCAUCUAGCAUUUGGAGUUCUUAAGAAUGCCAUAUCGAUGAACCUGAAAGACUAAAGGGUGUAUGCCUUCUUACAGGAGAAUCUUUGAACUCUGAAGUUAAUCAGUUAUUUUUAUCUCUCAUGGUACCCUGGUUAGUUAUCACACAAGCAUAUGCGAAUAUGCUUUGAACAAUCAGUAUCUGACCAUCUUACAUGUCAAGAAAUUGGUUGCUUAUGAGUUCUGUCCUCAAUGAAGGAAGCUUUUCAAAUGCGGAUCAGAUGCUUUUCCCUAGGUCGAAAUACGAGGCAACUUUAAUAUUCCAGUUUGUUGACAAUGUCCAUGGUACCAUCGGUGACAUUGCUUGUAACAUCGGCUGCAUAUGGCAAACCAUUGCUGUCCACUAACUGCUACUGAUUGUCAGAUAAAAUAUCGCUGCCAAUCUAAAAAUAUCUCUACUUGAAAUGAAAGAUAAUAAAAGGUCUGCUUGCAGUUUAAGAGAUGCAACUGCCCCAUGACAUCACAGCAAGUCCUCCAGGAUUGCUUCCUCCUAUUAUCAUUCUCUCUGCCGAGGGCCCCUCUGAACCACUAAACUCUAAAGGGCUGAUCUGGAUUUUAUGGAGAAAAAUUAGCACUAACACAAAAACAAAGGCUAACCUGCCUUGCCGGAACAUCACUGAAAUGAAAGGGCUUGCAAGAAAAAUGAUUGACCAACUUGAUUGAAUUUUGGACAAUGCUGAAUUUCACUGUGCUAUUGCCUGUUUGCAUGAGAAUAGAUUCACUAUUUUCAGGACCUCAGCAUAGGGAAGGUUACUCUCCCUAUAACUUUCUGAAACUGCGCUUCCAUAUAAAGUAUGCAUGCAUCUUGCAGAGAUUACCUAAGUACGUACCAUGCUUUGCUACACAGUUCUGCAUUCUUGUAAAGUGAUUGUCUCAUUGGCUUUCGCUUUUUUUAGACAAAGCAAAAGGCUUAUGGUAGUAUGCUUAAUUAUAUUGAACACUCAAUCCGAUGUGAUCACCCGUGAUGGUUCCUUUAUAGGAUCUCUACCAAAUAGGUAUUAUUAGAUCAAAGGCUUUUGGCCCUGCUUUUAUUGAAAGGAUAUCCACCAAAAAGGUAUAGUAUGAGGACCAUUUGAUUUUUGCACAUGCUGCAUGUUAGUUUGUUCAGCUAAAUAAGUGCAUACCUUCAUACAGAAUGACAUGGAGAAUUAGCACUCGGAUCAGAAUGUUUAGUUGAGUGACGGUAAGUGCAAUAUACAUUAGACAUGUUUCCCUAUUUUUUGUAGCUUUUUGAGCUGAUGGUCUGCAAUACUCACUACCGCUAGCUGGCAAAUAUUUUUGGUGUGUUGUUGCUCUGCUUAGCACUUUGGCAUGAUAUGACAUGCAAAAGAAUGUUUCUUUCAGUUUUUGACGUUGCUUAGUCUUAGCAUUGUUUAUGUUUUAUUCGUGUCGUUUCUGUCAUGACAGCUGUACAUCAAUUACAUAACUAGAUGUUUAGAUUAAUGAGGCUACACUCUUCUCAGCGCACGUCAGUCAUCUUGUCCUCUUGGUUUCGUAUUGUCAUUAACUUCAACGCAUUGAUCUAUUUGGGACUCCAUUCCUCAUUGUAUAUACAACCGUUUCUUUUGUAUGUCCAUUUGUCCUUUUGGUAAUCCAUUGUAUUACAGCAAUGUCUAUGCAAUGCAUUGGUAUUACUGGACUGUCAAGCUAAAUGUCAUCUCCUGCCUUCCUACCAAGUUGUUGAUCACUUGCUUGGCGCCCAAUAACUUCUCAUAUUCGUAUAUAUGCUUCUAUUUAGGCACAAAAGCUUGCGAAGGUGCCUGGGAACAGAGCAACCUUAUUUUCCUAUACUUAAUGUGAAUGUAAAUAUGGGCAAGUUGAAUUUAUCAUUUUGCUCAUGCGGGUGUUCCACCUUGCACCUCUAGAUAUUUGUAAAUUAAAAAGAAAAAUCCUUGCAAGCUAUAUUUGAACUCACCAUGCGGGUGUUCCACCUUGCACCUCUAGAUAUUUGUAAAUUAAAAAGAAAAAUCCUUGCAAGCUAUAUUUGAACUCACUAUGAUACUUGAAUCUGUUUUCACCAAAUUCUAGGUAAAUACCAAUUGGCUGAUUUCAGCUGUUUCAUCUCAGUUACCAAUUUUAGGGAGAGGUGCAAGGACAUCCUAUCCUUGUUUCUUUCACGAUCCUUUCCGAUGUGUGACUUGAGUGGUUUAGAUAUUUUAUACUACUGAGUUUUAUGUAGGUCCUCAUUCUCUGUUAAAGAAUAAUAUUGUAGCAAUUAUGGGUGAAAAUCAUGAGUGUCCAUACUGUUCAAGUUGGCUUUUCCUAAUCCUCCACCACACCCUUGAUGUAAUGACUAAUGAGUGUUGUUUUGCAAACAUAAAACAUAACACUUUGUAGUACAGCAACUGCACUAUGACAAUAGUCUCUUAUAUGCAACUAAAAUAUUUCUGAUAUGAUAUGUAUAAUGACCUCUGCUCAACACUGGUUUAUCCAAAUAACCAGCACCAAGGGCACACCGGUUUAGGCUCAAGUUACAUCUAAGGAUCAAACUAACAAUAUUAUGCAUUUCAAGCGUGUCAAAUUAGAUGUGCCAUCUUUAACAUGGGGCAUUGUUUUACUGAGCUGACAGCAAAGAUUUUUGUGACUCUUCUAGGUUUUCGAGAUGAUGCUGGUAAAAUCAAAAGGUCUAUCUCCAGAUAUGUGUUGCUUUAGCUUCAUUCAGAGGCGACUUACUUUUCUCCUUGCUGAAUCAGCUUGUCCAAUUUUUAUGUUAUCGUUUUUAGCCAUUUAAUUUUGAUGCUACAACAAAAAUGACAAUACUAGCUUCCCUCCAACCUUUUGUCAGAUCGAUUCAAUUUAUGAGUUAAUGCAUUCCUCUAGCAUAAUUGUAUUGUGCGCUUAUAAUAGUUUUGCCUCUUUAGACUACGGUGUAGGCCUUGACAGUUCUCAAAUACCUAUGAAUUAUGCAUGCUAUGGUGUAUGCCAUAAAGACACAAACAUUCAGUGGCAAAUUUGGUUUUUAUGAGCCUAUUGUAUUCUUUUAAUGGUAUGUAAAAGCAACUCAGCGCUUUCAGAGAAGAGGUGAUUAUGUGAGAGCUUUCUUCUUGUUAUGUGAGUUUUCUUCUGGUUACAUAAAAAUAUUAAAAAUGAAAAAUAUGCAUCACCGAAUGAAUCUACUUUAUUUUGGCCUUUUAAGUUAUUUCUUUCCUGUAUUUCAUCUGUACCAUCAGAAUACAAAAAGUGAAUAGAAGAAAUGACACCUCAUCACAUUUAGUUAUUGAAAGGUGAAUUUUCUUAGAUCCUACCAUGUUAUGUGAAAUAUUGAAGAUAUAAUUUCCUUGCAUGUUUAAGAUUCUUCACAGAAAUCUUUUGUGAAUUUUUUCAAAGUAGUGUUCAAUUAUUAGUUUCAAAUCAUUUCUGUUUGAGAAAUGUUGCAGGCUUUGGUGUUUAAUCAAAUUUACCUUUAUUUGUAGACCUCCUCUCUAAUUUAUUAUUAUUAUUGUGCUUAAGUAAGUUCAGAGCAUUUUUAGAACCUCUUCCGAAGUAGUGUCCAUGGUGCCACAUAUUGAGUAUACAACUAUCCUUGAAGAACAUGAUAUGUCCAUUCGAUACAAUAGGUUCCUCUAAGCAUACAGAAGCCCGCCUAUUUCAUCUGUUCGCCACCACAUCAGCUCCAUGUAGCUCCCUUUUACUUCGCUACAAAACUCCCUGCCACAUGUACCAGUUCUAUUCUCAUCUCUGUAUAAUAUUUGUCCGUUAGCUGUACUGAGCAAUUUAAGGAUCUAUAUUAUGUAAUGCCUAUUUGGUCUAUCUACUGUGGAUUGCUGUGCAACAUAUACAGAUAUUUAUUUUCCUCUCCUGAACACACAAACCAGCGUACCAUACUGUAUAAUCCCCGUGUUUGAUAUCUCAUUCUACUAACUGCUCCUUUCUAACAUAUGUAAACAUAUUUAUCAUGUUCUCUACGCUACACAACGUAAUCACAAACUGAUGCUACUAAAAUACAACAGUCAUUCAUGCACUACAUAUUUUUUCAAAGCCUUCUCUCCAGUAAUGGCGCGCAAGGGCGCGCCAGUCUCCACUAGUGUACUCUAUUCGGCUGAGAGCAAAGCAGGACAGGGAAAGCCAGGAACCUCGGCCUUGCCCUGCUGAAAAGGCAGCCCCUUUUCUCUCUCCUCCCUCGGUCUCUCUCUCCCCUCUCAUCACCUCACCCUUUUGGAUUCUUCUUCCCAGGCAUCCUAAAUUCUUGCCCCCAUUGGCCCAAGCCCACCUCCCCCUUUGUGGAAUCCUAAAUUCUUGCCUCCCUUCUUGCUUCUUCCACCUGCUUCUCCAACUUGGGAAAGGAGCAAAACAAAGCAGCAGCAGCAGCAGCUGCGCCCACACCACCUGCUUCUCCUGGCCUCUGUGUAUGCGAGCCUACCACCUUGCCGCAAGACUCCCCCCUCUCGCCAUGUGCCGUCGUCAAGGCUUCCUGUGUUUGUGCGGUGAUCACGCAGGUAGUGACCAGUGAGUGAAUGGGAGCCAAGGCAAUGUCGUCCCACGGGAGCGGGGCCGGCGGGGGGGCCCUGUCGCGGCAGGGCUCGGUGUGCAGCCUCACGUUCAGCGAGGUGGACGGCCAACUCCACGGCGUCAACCUGGACGAACUCCUCCGCGCGGCCGGCUCGGGCAAGAAGACUGUGGACGAGGUGUGGCGGGACAUCCAGGGCGCCGGGGGCUGCCCGCGGGCCCAAAUGACGCUGGAGGACUUCCUGUCCAGGGCCGGCGCGCCCGCCGACGCCGCGGACACCGACGCGCGCAGCUGGGCGCAGCAGUACCAGCCGGCUCCAGCGCAGCUGGGCCACCACCCAACUGUCGGGCGCCCCGUGCCGCGGCCGCUCGGCGUUGGCGCCGGGCCGGUGCUCGACGCGCUGUACCACGAGGGCAACGGAGGCUGCGCCGCGGCGGCCGGGCGGAAGCGGGCUGCGGGCGCCGAGGGCGCCGUAGUUGAGAGGUCGACGGUGGAGCGGCGCAAGAAGCGGAUGAUCAAGAACCGCGAGUCGGCAGCGAGGUCGCGCGCGCGGAAGCAGGCGUACACGAACGAGCUGGAGAACAAGAUCUCGCGCCUGGAGGAGGAGAACGAGCGGCUCAGGAGGCACAAGGCACCGGAGCCGGUAGUGCAGUAUGUACCGCAACUGGAGAUAAAGAAUCAGCUCCGGCGGACUAACUCGGCCAACUUCUGAUCAUGUUAAUAGUAGCAGUGAAAUAUUCUGGCACUAGGGUUGUUGAAUUUGUAACUGCUCUGUUGGAAAUGCUCUUCUAGUAUGUAAGAACUCUUAUAUGCAGUCUCCAACUUGCAGUAUGGGUUGGGUAUGUGUUGCAAAAGCAUUGCACUCCUACCUUGUAGAUUUCUGCAACUAUGAUUGCAAGAGUGUCACAGAUAAGCUGUAGUGCUGUAUGAUUUCCCAAAUGAAAAAAAAUGCGACGUCCUUCUUUC